CUCCGCCCCCUCCUUAUUGAAAUCUGUAACAAGUUCAAGAUUUUGCCCGGCCAGCUUACUCCAAAUGCUCACCGGUUCUUGAAUUGUUUCGUAAAUAUCUGUGAACAUUUGAAAAUCGACCCUUCCCUUCAUCUUUUCCUCCACAUGUACGAAGUCUUGCCCGGGACUAGUAAUUGCCCGGGCUUUGUUUAUUUUCAUUCACGUAAUAAGAGCAGUUUUGUGACCGGUCUUCCCCCUAGCCACAAAAGAUGGAAGAAGAGAUUUGUUUUUGUUGAAUUCCCCCCUGACCAAUUUCCUUUCUCUAACCCUGAGUGGGCUGACCGGGUUAUAAAACCUGAAAGGGUUCAUCCGGAGCCCACCAAAGAUCUUGAGGACGCCUGCGAGAAACUUCUCAAGGGUGAUCCUGUGACCGGGAAACCUUAUGCCUAUGGAGGCUGGGUAUUCCGGCUAUCUAAUCCAGAUGGGGGUGAAUCUGCGACCCAUGACGCAGAAGAUGACCGGGCAAACUCCCCGGAUGGUCAUGCUGAGGCCAAUUCUCCUCGUCCAGACAUGAACUUUAACAGGAUGACCACCACCAUCGAGGAUGAGGACGAUGAUGUCCAAGUCCUCCACUCCCACCGGUCUCCUAAUCGCAACUCUCCCUCCCCUCCUCAAAACCUUGGAGUUGAAGGGGCCUCAACUGCUCGGUGCUCUUCAGUUGAUGAUCUCAUUCGAGAUAAGCAGGUGAAGUCACCCUCAGCCCUCCAUUUCUCCGAAGGCGACCGGGUUGAAUCCAAGUCCAAGGAGACCAGCCAUUCUUCUUCCCGUGCUAAGGGCCAUAAAAGGAAAGGGUCCCAAAAGAGCUCCAAGGGAGACACGAAGAAGAAGGUCAGGUUAUCAGAUACGGAGGGGGAGUCCAUCGAAGAAGCCUUCCUAUCCCUGGCCAAAAAACUCAGCAAGGCCGGGGUCAUUUCAGAAGAGAUUAGCCAAAGUCUGCUGGAGCCAAAAGACCAGGUCUCCCAACUCACCAUCCUCCUUGAUUCUGCCAAGUUGGAGAUCAAUGACCGGGCAGAAAGGGAGAGGAGGCUUGAGGAAGAGUUGAAGGAAGAAAGGGCCCGGUUUGCCCUUCUGGAGGAGGAAAGGAAAAGAAAGAUCGCCGAGCUCGAGGAUGCGCUGGGCCAGGCUGAAGAAUCUGCCCGAGCAAAGAUGGAGGCCUUUCCCUCUGAAGCUGUUGAUUGGGCUGUGUGCCAUCACACGGAGGUUGCCCGGUCCCUUCUCACUACCCCGGAGGAAACCAUGGACUUUUUCAAAGUCAUGUAUCAAGAGCCAGAGGGGAAAAGGAUGAUAACGGAGAUAGGGUCUUAUGGAUUCCAGUGUGGCCAGAAACAUGAGAGGUCUCUUCUCUAUGCCAGACUUCUGAACAGGGACCCUUCCUUUGACCCGGCCAAGAUGAAGCUUCCGGCUCUAUACAAUGAAGAGCCGGCUCCCCCCUUUCCCCUAGAAUAGGUUAGGGCUUGACAAUUUAAAAAAAAAUUUGAAUUUUCCCAAGGCCUGGGGGAUGUCCGGCCUACUUCUGACUUGUUUAAUAUUGUCUUUUGUUUGGCAUGGUUUUCAAUUUACCGGCUUGUUUCUUCUUUCAGUUUGCAUGGUUGUUUUCCUUGUUUGGUCCUUACUUGAAGUCGCAUGGUCAGACUUGCCUUUUCUUGAACAUGCUUGGUUUAACUUCCAAGUAGAAAACAAUAACCGGCCUUAUACCUCAGGAAUCGUUUUAAAGAACGUCCAGGGCAUCUCAUGUCCUGGUCCUGAAAACGUCCAGG